UUUCUCUGCCUACGAAGCAAACCCCCAGUCUUUUCGAUGGCGCCUCCUGUUCUCCCUCUACCCGGAGGCAGAUCAGGCUCGCGGUCUCCACGAAUGCAGAAGUCGCGCAACCCAUCACGGAGAGACAAAGUUCGUCAAGGCAAACUGAUACGCAGCUGGACGGACGAAGAGGAAUCCUUUCUAUUCCGGAGUCGAACGCAAGGCCAGAAACUACCCUACAAGCACAUCGCCAAUCGUUUAGACAAGACUGAGCUGGCAUGUCGUGUUCAUUGGCAUCAUAUGACAGUUGGUCGAAAAGGCCAUCGCGCCGAUGAAUUUGACGAUGACAACGUCUCUGAUAACAGUGACGGGUCGGGCCCAUCGACAGCCCCGUCUGCAGGCCAAUUUCCAGCGCGCAGUGGCUCUGACAAUGCCCAACAAGAGCCAAGUCUCUCGUACACAACAUCACCAAGACCCUGCACGCUACCGAGCUUCGAAACCUUCAUUCGAGACACAUUCCACCAACGAAGCACCUCGUCGCCGGGGUCUCUUGUGGGUGACGACGUGGACGAUGGUGCAAGAGAGCGACAACUGCCAAACAGUAACAGAUCAUUACGGACACUUUCUGGGUCGUGG